AUGUGGUCAAUGAUGAAUGAUCUUGAAUUUGAUCACAUUUGCGGUGUUCCAUUAACAGCAAUUCCAUUCGCGACAAUAAUAUCGGACAAUCAUGACGUUCCAAUGUUGAUGAGACGAUCAGCACCAAAAACAUACGGAACCAAAUCAAUGAUUGAUGGGGAAUUCAAAUCGGGUGAUAAAGUGAUGGUUUGUGAGGACAUAAUCACCAGUGGAUCGAGUAUCAUGGAAACAAUUGAAUCUCUCAAAUCAGUUGGUCUGGUGGUUGAAAAUGCUUGUGUUUUUGUUGAUCGAGAGCAAAAAGGCAAAGACAACCUGUUAAAAAGCGGAAUAAAAGUCAGGUCAUUUUUGAAAAUUUCCGACAUUUUAAAUCGUCUUGUGGAAAAAGGGAUAAUGGAGGAAAAUGAAAAAAUAAAAAUAACAAAUUGGCUCAAAGAAACACCAGUCGAAUCAUCAACUAAUUAG